ACGCGUUAUUAGCUCGCAGGCCUACUUCACCGAAUCCUGAAUGCGACGCGAAAACCACAGGUAGAACAGCGCCUUCAAGACGUGGGAAGGGACGGGCGCUUUCCGCUGCCGCUUCGUGCUUUCCUUUCCCAACCCUCCUGUUUCCAGAGACUAAGUGGUGCGUUCCGCGGCGAACGGGAUCGGGGAGGCUUCGCCGCCAUUUUGUCCGUGGUUUGUGAGCGGGGCGGGCUCAGCGCUGAGGAGAGGCCGCCGCCAGCAUGUAUAUCAAACAGGUAAACGGAGUGAUGGGGCCCCUUUUUGUGAUGAGGUGGCUCCGCUGUCGCAGGGGAGGGCGGCUUCAUUAAAGUAUCUGAGGGGGGAGGGCGACGCUGGCUACGAUGUUUCGCUGGGGGGGGGAGGAUCUGGUUUGGGGAGGGAGAAGAGGGGCUUCGGCUCGAGGGGGGCUGCGGCGGCUUUUUGCUCGGGAGGUUUUUUCUCCUCACGGGAUGAUCCCAUAGAUGGAGGGAGGGGGGCGGCCGAGGCUGUCAUCUCCGAAAGGGCCUUUCUGGCGGAUCCCACUUUCGAAUGAGGGGCGGGGGGGGAGGUGGUUUCGCCCAUGGCCUGCGUAUUGCAGUGCAUGACGGGGAGAGAUGUAAACACUGGGAAGUCCUGGGGCCCAUCUGGAGCGGACGUUCAGAAUACCAUAUUGGUAGCUGUGUGUCAUUGCAGGGGUAGACUUUCCUCUUCAGAAUCCGGAAGGAUCCAGUUAAAAGGCAGGAUUAUGUGAAUGCUAGAAAAUAGUUUUUGUAUUUUAAAAAAAGUAUGUAUUCCCUUCUCAGGCCUCUGAGUUUGUUAAAGGAAGGCCCCUGCCUUGUGCUUAAAAGCUAUGGUCUCACCAACAUUAGUAGGUGAGGGGGGCAAACCUGGAUUGCAACACAUCAGAUUGCAGGUGGGCUUGCAUAGUUGGACAUUUCCCCCUCCACCAUAGAAGAAAGGCCCCAUGCAUGUAGUUGUGCAUCUGUCUCAGGGAGAGUUCGCCUUUGGCGGUGAAGUCAAACCAUUGGAAGGUUGCAGCGCCUGCUGUGGCUGUAGAGACCAAUAGGGGUGAGACGUGUUUUGUUGCAGCUAGGGCAGAUGAAGGCAUCUGGUUGUACUGAUGCAGAUGCACCACGGCAUUUCUUCUCUUGGUGCUGUCAUUCCUCCUAUGGUCACUGCUGUGGAUGCACAACCAGACUGUCUUGUCUCCAGGCACUGCAGUUGUCUGCAAAGGACAUCCCACAUGGUGGGGUUGAUGUUGCCAGCCUUCAUGUCAUGUUUGCAGACAUCUUUGUAUCACAAGAGCUGGUCUGCUGGUGCUGGAAGCCAGCUAUCUGUAGAGCACAUCCUUGGGGAUCCUGCCAUCUUCCAUUCUGUGGACAUGACCAAGCCAACAUAGAUGUUGCUGAGACAAAGUUCAAAUGUGCUGGGAAUGUGGGCUUGGGAGAGCACAUUCUUUGUUUGAAACUGCCCUGCCAUGUGAUUCCCAAAAUCCUCCUAAUGCAGCACAUGUGGAAGGCAUUGAGGCAUUGCUCCUGACAGUUAUACAUAGGACAGCUCUCUGCCUGCCUGCCUAUUGUGAAAAACUGCAUCUCCCAAGGACACUUUGAGUCUCUGAUUUGCAUUCUCCUUGGCGCUAAGAGAGAUAAAAACGUAAUAAUCUCUAACUGGUUUAAAAACCUAGCCAAAGCUCAACUUUUAACUUUACCUUCAGCCCACUCUUCAGUUUAUCAGCUAAACAUUGCAACUGAAACUUGAAACUUACACUUAACUUAAGCUGAAAGCUAAACCUGCAAUAUUGAAUUUAAAGAUGACCUCCCCACUUUCUCAAUCUGCACUAUGUGGAACUACUCUUGCGAACUGUGGGGUUUUGUUUUUUUGUUUUUGCAUUUUAUUUACCCUUGAUUUAUUCUAGCUAGGUGUUCGUGGUUUCUUUCAAACCACAAGGUGGGUGCACACAACACAAUGCUAGCACAUCAAGAAAAAGCAGGGGAAGCUUAUUCAUGUUAAACCAUAGUUCAAAACAAAAUAGGGUUUAACAUCAUGUACAAGUGUGGCCAUUUGGAAGGUAAAUGCAUCACUGUCAAAAACCAGCACAAAAAGAGAAGCAAGGAACCAUUUUUCAGGUUACAACUCUUUGUCUAAUUUUCAAAGGACGUGGACAUUUUAUACCCUAUUGUGCAGUUUCUUCAGAUUUCUUAUCAAAACUCUAUUUUGAAUCUUAAGUGUUCUCUGGAUGGUAUCCAUAGAUCUUCUUUCCUAUAUAUGGGUUCCUUUUCUCCCCACUAGCCCUGGAUAAUUUUCAUUUUUUUAAAUGAACAGACAGUUUAUACAGGCAGUGUCUUUUCCCAUCAUGAAAGCCAUUCAUACAUACCUUUCCUGUGUGGAUUUGCUUCAUUGUUUUCCACUGUUUGGGGAGGCAUGGCCUGUCUACAAAGUUUGUGUUGUAUGGGGUUUUCAAGGUUUAGCAUGAUUUUGUUGGUGUCAUAUGUCGACUUUCUGAUAGAUCAAAAGAUGUCUGUAUGGGCUGAAACAUUUCCUACACUCCAGACAUUUAUAUUGUUUUUCUCUUGUGUGCAAGCUGCAAUGAGUCCUGAGGUGUGUGCUCAGACUGAUACAUUUACCACACUCGAAGGCACUUGUUAGGUUUUUCUCUAGUAUGCACUCUUCAAUGACUAGCAAGGAGGGAUAUGUAAGAGAAAUAUUUCCCACACUGUAGGCAUAUGCACUCUUUUUGUCCAGAGUUGGUUGCCUGGUGACUUUCAAGAUGAAACCCCUGAGUAUGUCAUUUCCCACAAUCUGGAUGUUCAUAAGGUUUCUCUCCUGUGUGGACUUGUGCAUUCUUAGGUGUGAGUCCUGAGUGAGGUAUUUCACACACUUCAAACAUUGAUAGGCUUUCUCUUCUGUGCGGAUUCUCUUAAGUGCUGCAAAAUUUGGCUGACAAGCAAAACAUUCCCCACAUUCCAAGCACUGAUAAGGCUUCGUUCCUGUGUGGCUUCUUUGCAGGCUGAACUCAUGUACUUAAAUUACUGAGUUACGUGUGAUAUCUUUUUUGAAAUUAUUUUAUUAGCAGAGUUGCAAACAUUAUAUACCGGUAUAUGAUGCUAGCUGUUUAGUAAUUAGUGGUAUUGUUUCAUGUUUACAUGUCACACUGGUAAGAUCUGGCUUUUUAAAGAGUUAAUUGAUUUAAUAUGAUUAGGCUAAAUGUAAAAAAGUAAAAGCUAUUGUUAAAUUUGUGUCUUAAUCACCUAUAGAAUUUGGGAUGAAGAGCCAAAAGUGAGAGGGCCGGUGCAAUGUAAAGGGUAUGAUUUGAUGCAGCAAAACCAGGUUUUAUUUUCUGCAUAUCUUUGAUGAGUUGUUGAUUUGGGGCAACUUUAUAGGAUUGUAAUAAUUAGGAACUGUAUAAAUUAAUAUUAUUAAUAAUUAAUAUUAACAAAGUUUUCUCUAUGGUAUACAAAGUUUGUAAAAAAACCCCAAAAAACCUGGAGAGAUGAUAAUAGACAAUGUCUAUUUUUUUAGGGCACUGGAUGUUGCUGCUGCUGCUGUUGUUCCAGCUGCUCAUCCAUUAAUGCUUCCUAGUGACUAUAUAGUCCUUCCCCAAGUAUGCUUCCUGCUAAUUCUCAAGUAACUUGUAGUUUAGAAAGUACAACAAUGAAUAUUGUACCUUUGAAAAAUAUUACUCUCUUUUAAAACAUGUAGUUAUAAAAGCUGCAGGUGAUAGCAAAUAAUGAUGGUAUUGUUGGCCACUUUAAAAACUUGCACUUGUUUAUUUCAGGUGAUCAUCCAGGGGUUCCGAAGCUACCGAGAUCAGACUAUAGUAGAUCCCUUCAGUUCAAAGCAUAAUGUCAUUGGUAAGUUUUUCUAGGACAAUGACUAUAAUAUUAAAUGUGUAUCGUUUAAGUGAGCCUCUUCAUGGAGGUGAUAGAAAUAUUAUUUGUUCUUCAUAGUGAGGUGGUUGCUAUUCCUUGAGUGUUUAUAUAGUUUUUCCCUGAAGGGCUUGAAGGUUUCUGCAUUGCCCUGUAAGUUUCAAAAGGGGAUUCCUUCUAAUAAACACAGGUUUCUUCACAAAUAUUGUUGCAAGGAAAAUAGAACCUUUUCACAGCAUAGCCUAGAAAGAGAUAACAUUUCUUCUUGCCUCUUUAUCUGUCAGUUAGUAGUUCAGAAUGUUCUUGUAUCUUGACCAGAAUUUAUGCCAUGCUGAGAGACAAAAAUACCACAUAGUUAAGAAAGCAAUCCAGAACUGUAUCGAAAGGUUAUUCACCAGUGGUGAACUGAGGAGACCAGAUUCAAGUACUAGUUUUCCUAUGGAUGUUACUGGGAGAUCCCAUUAGGAGUCAUUGUUUCUCACGUUGUUGUGCUAGUAAAAUGUAGGUGAGUGGGAGAAGACUAUGUUAGUAUAAACUCUUAGGAAGAAAGUGUGAUAGAAUCUUAACAAAAUAAAAAUCCAUUUCAAACUUGAAAACCAUCCAUUCAUAUGGCCAAGUCAGGGAAUAGUUCUCUUCUGGGGAUUGGAGAGGGAAGAUGUCCCUAUAAUAGCUUAUUCUAGUUCAGUUCUUUUCCAUUCAUCCACAAGCAGGGCUGUAGCCUUCCCACAUGAUACCCUCUGUCAUGGCCAGAAUCCCAAACUGCAGUGGAAGCUCACACAAAAAAUUUGUUAGUGUAUGACCUAGGAAGGACAGGUUAUUUCUUUAAAAGAAUUUCUCCCCAGGAGAACAUUACAAAAUAUGAUUACCAGUACAAUGAUUAGCUAUUCUCCUGUAUAAUCUAAAGACACUAGUGGGGAGGUACAUGCAUUUCAAAGUAAGGGGACUGCUGAAAAGAAUUUGGUGACAAGUAGUCAAACUCUUGAAAGUUAGAGAAUGUCAUCAUACAGAUUGUUUUUAUUGAAAAUUGGCUGGUUUUCAUAAGCCAUAAUAACUAUUAGGAUUAUUUUAUAUUCAUAGUUCACCUUUAUUUUCUAUCAGAGUGACUGGCUGUUGCUGGCAUUCAAAUGAGAAGGGGCAAUUAUACAGGACAAACAUAUGUUAAAGAGUCUUUCUCACUCUGCUGAGCUGCAGAGUUGAUAACACACAAUGGAGUCCCAUGGAGAUGGGUCAGGUGGCAGUUCGGCCAACCUUAUAAUUUAUUGUCAUUGAUCUUCCACUCUUUACAUACAUUUGUCUAUGUGUUUUACAGCUAGUCUAUAAUCCUCAAUUUAGAAACAUUAUUUACUGAAAAUACACAAUUUAACCUACCCUUAUGUGUAACUUAAUUUUUCUUUUUAGUGGGCAGAAAUGGUUCUGGAAAAAGCAACUUUUUCUAUGGUAAGUGAAAGCUUAUGUAUAAUAAUCUAAAAUGUCUUCUCCAACUCCUUCCAUAUCCCUAUGUGCCUUGCCUGAGAAGUGCAUUGCUUGGGGAACGUUAAUUGCAAGACUGAUUAGUUUCUUUUAAUCCCCUUCUCUUGCAACCUCCUUCACUCUGGCGAUGGGUUCACUUGCUGAGUGUGUGGCAUGUUUAGUGGUUGAUAUCCAUGGCCGGACGCUGGCUAAUGCCUGGCAGUGGACCUAGUGGAGUGGUCACUAGUGGAGUGUGUAUUUUGGGGGGAGAGGGUAGAUGAAAGCAGGAAAAUGUGUCUCUCAAAGUGUUGUAAUUAUUAUUUAGUUGGUCAUUGUGGGGCAGGCAUCUGGGCUCUGCUUCAAACUGAAGUAAUUGAAAAAUUCCUGAAGAGAUCCUUGCUUUAACAUUUGUCCAAGUUUUGCAACACAUUGAAUGCAACCUAUGCUGUUAUUUAUAAGAGAUUCAUAAAAACUGUUGAUUGAUAGUUCUGAAUACUUCUGAACAGAAUCCUAAAAAUUAACAUCGUACUUUAUUUUCUUCAUUAUAGCAAUUCAGUUUGUUCUCAGUGAUGAAUUCAGUCAUCUUCGUCCUGAGCAAAGGUUGGCUUUGUUGCAUGUAAGUGAAGAUAACAGUUAGACAUGAGCAUGCUAUUGUUGUAAAAUAGUUAGCUGGAACAAUGGUGCAUGUUACUUGCAUUUGUUGAAAUGAUAAGUAGGUGGUGCUAUUACAGUGGUGCCCCGCAAGACGAAUGCCUCGCAAGACGAAAAACUCGCUAGACGAAAGGGUUUUGUGUUUUUUGAGUCGUUCCGCAAGACGAAUUUCCCUAUGGGCUUGCUUCGCAAGAACUCGUCUUGCGAGUUCUUGCGAGUUUGUUUCCUUUUUCUUAAAGCCGCUAAGCCGCUAAUAGCCGUGCUUCGCAAGACGAAGAAACCGCAAGACGAAGAGACUCGCGGAACGGAUUAAUUUCGUCUUGCGAGGCACCACUGUAUUUAUACUUUUGGAGUUUAACCUUGAUCAGCUCUCUUGGGUACUCUUUGAGGGGAAAGAUGAAAUAAAAAUCCCUCAAUAAGUAGUAGGCAUUCCACUGUUUGGAAAAGGUUUACUUGCUUAGAGAUGCAAUGUACACUUAGAACAAGAGGCCUUGAACAUUCUCAGAUUUUUUUUCUGAGAAUCUGAAGUUAGCUUAGUUUCAUACUUAAAUUCAUUAGUGGUUUCCCACCAAAAGGCUUCAUUAGAGCAGUCUAAUUUAGAAAACAAAUAAAGUUGUUACAAAGCUAUUAAAUCACUGAAAAAUGGGCAUGGCAUGGGGAAGAUUGUAAUACAAAGUACGCACUUUAAAAUGUGGAUUAAUAUUAUGAUCUUUCUUAGGAAGGCACAGGUCCUCGUGUUAUUUCUGCUUUUGUGGAAAUCAUCUUUGACAACUCGGACAACAGGUUACCAGUAAGUUAAAAAUAGUGUACAUCAGCUUGUUUUCCUUAGUUUAUAUUAAGAGGCAUAGUUUGCAAUAUCUGCCCUUCUGUUUUAUUAAGAUUGAUAAAGAAGAAGUAUCUCUUCGCAGAGUCAUUGGCGCUAAAAAGGACCAGUAUUUCCUAGACAAGAAAAUGGUGACGUAAGCGCAGUUCCUUUUUUCUUUUAAACCAAAUCUGGAUUAAAUGUACACCAUAACAGGUUUUUUUGGCGGGGGGGGAAUGUUUUAUUGUUAAACUUGACAAUCAUUUUAAAAAUCACGUAUGUAAGUCAACUAGAGACGUUUUAUAUUUAGUUGACAAAUGAAUAGGAGGAAUCCAGGAUGAAUGACAAGUAUGUGAUGCUUGCUUGCUUGCUCAUAGCUGGGUGCUCUUCUGAUGUUUGCAAGUUCAUUUUGGAACCUAGAAAAUCUCAGUCUUCAGUUUUUCUGAAAAACAGUUUUGAUUACUGUUUCAGUCUUCAUGUUUGUUUGUGGGGGAAGGGGCUUGAAACAUUGUAGGUGGAAUUCAGCGGUGUGCUCUUCCAAUCUUUGUGUCUCUCCAAGACGUUGCAGAAAGUUGCACCUUGCCUGCACACCCACCACUUGCUGUUCUGGGGGUGUUAUUCCAUAUUGGGGAGAGAGGUUUGGAAGAGACAGUCCAACUCUGGCAUUUGCACCAAGCACAGUAAAGCUUUGUUAGAUUUAUAUCUGCCCUCAUCCACCUUUAAACAAACACUCGCCGUGGAAGUACGCGUUAGAAUAAAUCACAGGCAUUUAUUUUUGCAAAUAAGUGAAUGUGUAACGCACAGAGUUUCCAGCAAACAAGUAUUCAUCUUCUGGUAGUAAAAUAAAGAAGAAAAAAGGUUCCAAAUUGCCACCUUGCAUUUGGCAAGACACAAACUAUUUAAAGGAAAAGUUCUUGGUUUGCUUACAAAAAGGAUCCUGCAAUCUUUGGGUUAGCAAAUAUGUCCCACAGAGGACCUUACGGUCUUCAAACAAAAACAUCUUGGAGGUCCCGGGCCACAGAGAGGUUAGGCUGGCUCAAGCAGAGCCAGGGCUUUUUCGGCUGUGGCUCCGAUCUGGUGGAAUGCUCUGUCACAAGAAACUAGGGCCCUGCGGGACUUGACAUCUUUCCGCAGGGCCUGCAAGACAGAGCUGUUCCACCAGGCCUUUGGCCAGGGCACAGCCUGACCCCUCUGUUCAACCUGUUACUUCCCAUGUAGAAGGAGGACUGAGCAGCAAGCACUUAAAUGAAACAGAAGAAAUUUUCAUGUCUGAGUCUAGUGGAAGCAGGCCAAUUGUUAUUUUUGUCCUGUAUUAUUUAGCUCAUUCUAAACUGAUGCACUGAAAGCUUUACUGUUUGAAAACUUGCUUCCAGGAAAAAUGAUGUGAUGAACCUUCUUGAAAGUGCUGGAUUUUCUCGCAGCAACCCCUACUAUAUUGUCAAGCAAGGAAAGGUAUGAUGAUUACUAUCCUUUGAACAAAGAACAAUAGUAACUUUAAUGUGAAGAAUAAGUAGUUCUCUAAUAAGUAGGCAUAUUAUUUUACAUUCUAUUUUAAUUGAUGUAUAUUUCCUUAAUCAUUGGAUGUGUUCAUAAUAAUUUGAAAAAUCCCAUGAUAUGUGACUGUAGCUGCUGUCUGGUUAGCAUGCUUCAAUUCUUGUGGUAUUCUUUCUGUCAGUUACGUUUUUAUGGUGCUGGAGUGUAGCAGUAGCAUAAUGAUAGUGACAAUUUAAACUGAAUAUUUGAGCAGUGAUAAAUUAACUAUACCAAAUUAUUUUUUCCUAAAGAAUCUCCUAUACAGUCAUACUUUCAGAUGAGAAAAUUGCAUGUAACUUUGUAUGCUCAGAUAGACCUGACAGUAUCAGUUUUAGGCAUAUAGAUUGGUUGAGUUUUCACCAAACAUUUGUUAACACUAGUUACAAAAUGUACAAGUUUUUCCUGACUUUAGCAGAGGGGUAGUCAACCUUUUUAUACCUACUGCCCACUAAUGCAUCUUUCUUGAUGGUAAAAUUUCCUUACCGCCCACCAGUCCUUGAUGGAAGGAGGAUUCAGCUUGUGCCAUAGAACCUCCUAGCUAGAAUCCUGAAACACCCACUAGUGGGCGGUAAGGACCAGGUUGACAACCCCUGUUCUAGCACAUAAAUGCUUAGUACAGUGGUACUGCAGGUUAAGUACUUAAUUUGUUCCGGAGGUCCAUACUUAACCUGAAACUGUUCUUAAUCUGAAGCACCACUUUAGUUAAGGGGGCCUCCUGCUGCUGCCGCGCCACCACAGCACGAUUUCUGUUCUCAUCCUGAAGCAAAGUUCUUAACCUGAAGCACUAUUUCUGGGUUAGCGGAGUCUGUAACCUGAAGCGUAGGUACCACUGUAUUGUGUUGACAGUGACACCUGCUCAUCAUUGCUAAUGCUGCUGCAGCAGUGUCAUUGGAGAUUUUGUUGCAAUAAUUUUUUGUCUAAAAAAGCAUUUAUGAAAACUUUAUAGUUACUUGUUGCUUUUUCAAACUGUGUCCAAAAUGUUACAUUAUUCUUACUCUCUUUUUUAGAUCAACCAGAUGGCCACAGCUCCUGACUCUCAGAGAUUAAAACUGUUAAGAGAAGUAGCUGGCACUAGGGUAUAUGAUGAACGUAAAGAAGAGAGUAUCUCCUUAAUGAAAGAAACAGGUAAAGAUUAUCAUUCAGUAGCAUUUCAAAGUAUUUUCAUGUCAUGUUACUUUGAUAUAUUUAGUGUAUUUUCUGGCUUGCUGCGAAUGCACUGAAACAGUGGAUAUGAAACAAUGAGGUAAGACACAAUCUGGAAAUUAUUGUUAUGGUGUAGAAUUCUAUGAUGCAUCCAUUAUGGUCCAACUGCAUAUCUGCAUGUUUCUAUUAAGGUUGUGCAUAUUUAAAGCAGGGGGAAGGAACCCUGGGCCCAGGGGCCAAAUACAGCCUAUCAGGCCUCUGAGGAGCCUUUUGAGGCUAACACCCUGUCUCCUCAGGCCACACACCCCACCAGCUCUACUGUAUGCCCACCUUGAAUGUUUUUGCUUAUCAGAAGUCUCUCCUUGAACUCUGAUAAUGACUCUUGCUUGUCCAGAUGGAGGAAAGAGGAGUGUGUAUGUAAAACUAGUGUACUGUAAAAUGGUAAAAUUCACAUUCAUUGCUCCACCCACUUUUCCCUCUUGGUUCUCCCACCCUAGCAUGUAGCCCCCAGAUUGUUGUCCAGAAGGGUUCAUGGCCCUUGGCUAGAAAAAGGGUUCCCUGCCGUAAAUCAGUCAUGUUGAUUCAAGGUGCACAUGACUUAGCUAAAUUCAGCUAUUCUCCCAAAGAGCUUACUGGAGUUAUUGGUGAUUUUCCUGAGAGAGCAGUGUACUGAAUCAGACUGGGAACUGCACAUUUAUCCCUAGUUGCGGUGUAGCUGUUUGCUACCUGCCUUCAUGUUAUGAGGAGUUUCUUUCAAUUAAUCUCUUUAUUUUUCCUUUAAAAUAAAUCAUUAAUGAUGCUGUAUGUGGUUAACUCUGCUUUGUCAUUUGGUUAUUUUGAACAAUAGAAAAUAUGAAUCAUUGAUUUUGAGAUUUAAUAUAAAUAAUGAAAUCAUAGGCAACUUUUUAUCAUAACCAUUGAGAAUACAAGCUAUUAUGCUUAGUGGAUUUCCCCCAGUUAGGACAUGUUGUUUAAAAGAGCAUUUCUGCCAUGUAGUUGGUUUUGUUGUUCUGUUUAAUGACAGAUUCCUGAUACUAACUUAGUCUUCUAAACUCUUAAAUCAUUUCUAAAGAGGGGAAAAGGGAGAAAAUAAAUGAGCUGUUGAAAUAUAUAGAAGAGCGAUUACAUACUUUGGAAGAGGAGAAAGAAGAGCUUGCUCAAUAUCAAAAGUGGGAUAAAAUGAGAAGAGCACUGGAGUACACCAUUUAUAAUCAGGAACUUAAUGAAACCAGGGCUAAACUUGAUGAGGUAAGCCAUUUUUAAACUAUUUAUUAUUAUUUUCGUUACCAGCGUUUGUUUUUCAACAUACGUAGUUUUAAAAAAUAUAGUUAUGUUGUGCAUGUUAACCCACAACUGAUGUUUUUUCAGCUUUCUGCCAAAAGGGAAACAAGUGGAGAAAAAUCAAGGCAAUUAAGAGAUGCACAGCAGGAUGCUCGAGAUAAAAUGGAGGUGAGGUCUUCAUUGUUCUGAUCAGAACUGUUCUGAUCUAAAUAACUGUUUUAAAACAAAUAUUAUUAUUUAUUUGUGUAGCCAAAGCCAUUACAAAAAACAAACUAUAUAAAUACCUUUAAUGUGAAAAACAGAAUUAAAAAAAACACAGUUAAAAAAAUUAUGAAAACAAGGCAUUCUGUCAGAUAAAAGUUUGCUCCCCUGAAGAAUUUAACUUUUCAUCCCCACAAACGUUUCUCCUUAAAAUUGUUCUAAAGGCAGAACAGGUCAUUUUUUCAGAAGUGUAGGAGGACCUGCUCACUCAUAAAAGUUAAUCAAACAGUAGAUCUCUCAAGUAGGAGAUUUAAAUCUUUGCACAAGGCUGCUCUUAAGUCCUCAUAGAUUGGGCACAUGAGUUAGUAGUUGCUUCUGUUUUACAUUUGCCUUAAUCCAUAGUAACAAGCAACAGAGACUCUGGAUGGGGUGUGAAAAAGACAGAAUUGCAUGUUUUCAUCCAUAUGAUGCAUUGUUGAUAGAGAGUGCAUUUGGUGACAUGUCACACUAUAUGUGCAUCUCCCUGGCUAGACCUAUCAUGUACCGAGAAUUGUUUUAGUUUUAAAAUUAUGUAACCUGUUGUACUUUUCCAAUCUUCUGUUGAUGUGUUGUGUUCGUAGGAAAUUGAACGGCAGGUCCGAGAACUUAAAACCAAGAUUUCAGCUAUGAAGGAAGAAAAGGAGCAGCUCAGUGCCGAAAGACAGGAACAGAUUAAACAGAGGACCAAACUAGAGCUUAAAACAAAAGACUUGCAAGAUGAACUGGCUGGAAAUAGUGAACAACGGGUAAGGGCUGGAGGCUAGUUGUAGGAUAACAUGUCAAGGUGUAUUUUAUUUUGUCUUUUGGGACUCUCUCAUUAGAAUGUAAAAACCGCAGGGCAAAUAAUUCUUCUGUUUUAUAAAAGGACAGCAGGGGUACGAUGACAGUUGUUCUCUGUUAUCUGGUUAUCUAGACUGCCAUAGUGAAAAAAGAGCACCUGUCUUUCUAAUUAAAACACAGCAAGGUUAUUCUUUUUCUCUAUUUGGAUCAAAACUGGUUUGGGGGGGGGUAACACAUUAAAGUACAAUAUUUCAUAAGAAACAACAGAGUAGAUAUGAAUUAUGGCUAACUUUGUUUAUGUACCACUUUCCAAGCCAGUGCUGAGUGUGCCAUGGAUGCAGAGUAAGCAGAAGUCUGUACAUAGACUACGGUUGGUACAUAUUGAGAAAAUCUAUAAAAGCAGCCAAUGGCAGAUUGAUUUGAACUAUAUCAAGCUUUCGUGCUGUCCGUAUAAAUUUCUUAUUGAAGUUCUUAUUUAAUAGCAUUCCACAAGAAGAGCUUGUUCACAGAUUACUGUUCUUGUUAAAGGCAGCAGUCUAUGAUAGCUUAUUGCUAAGUAGCUCUAUUAAAAUUGGGGAUGCACAGAUGCUGCUUUGAAGUUUGGUAAGCUGUAAACUGGACCAAAGCUUUUCUGAACAUAUAAUUUCUAGUGCUUCUAUAGCUACUGAUUCUUUUCACCCCCAAAAAUAUUCUGAUAAACCACUUCCCUUACUUAUUGUUGACCUUCAUAUUGUCUCUUUUUCCAGAAAAGACUCUUGAAAGAGAGGCAGAAACUUCUUGAGAAAAUUGAAGAAAAACAGAAAGAACUAGCAGAAACAGAACCAAAGUUCAAUAGUGUAAAAGAAAAAGAGGAACGAGGAAUUGCCAGGUCUGUGUGCUGAUUAGCAAUGGUAUGAAGGGGAAGUAUUUAGCAUGUGCAAUGAGGAAUACUUCUGCAUAUACAAGCUCUUCUUUUGUGAAGGAAUUGGAAAGGUUCUAGUAUAGAUCAUGCGAUGAGCAAGAAAAUAAUUUGGAAUACAUUUGGCAUGGUUAUCUCGGUUAGAGCAUGGUGCUGAUAAUGCCAAGUUUGCAGGUUCAAUCCCCAUAAGGGACAGCUGCAUAUUCCAGCAUUGCUGGGGUUUGAGUAUAUGAUUCUCAGGGUCCCUUCCAACUCUAUGAUUCUAUGAUCUUUGAACUUCCCUGUAAGAGAGAGAAGACACAUACUAGUAGAAUGGAUGGAGCUGUCCUCUGUAAGAGGUAGUGGCACAGGAUUGAGUAGAAGAGCUUAGUGUUUUCCUUCUGCCACUUGAAAACAAAAUGUUUUCUGUCAACAGAUAGAGGCUUGGGAUUUUUAUGUUUGAAAGUGCUGACCAAUCUGAGCCUAACAGUGCAGUCCUAGAGAUGUCAGUUCAGAAGUAAAUCCCAUUGCAUUCCCGAGUGUCAGGGAACUGCCAUCGGAAGGAAGGGAGGUGAAAGGGCUCACACAGGUUGGGAGAGACUCAGCAGCUGAAGAGGGAACCAGUAGGGGGAGAGGAGCUGAGCUGAGGGAAAGUGAGCUGGAGGGAUGGCUCAGAGACACUUCCAGCGAAAACAGUGGGGAGGUUUCAGGACCUCCUGUAGGAACACCCACUCCUCGCCGGAAACUGUCACGCAGAGAGUCCAGAAGACGUGUUUCCGUUAAGGAGCUUUUAUGUUGGAAGCGAUUCCGAAAGCAACCACUGUCGGAAUCUGCUAGUGACUAGAGGAGCCAUGUCUGAGGGGCUCCGUCACAGACAGAGGUUUGUGGACUUGAACAAACUCUGAGGGGAUACUAUUUUACGCACAAGCAGCUCAUCAUCCCAUCACAGCAUUCCGACAGUCUUUGAAAGCAGCUUGUGCAGGAGAAGGCAUCAUGAGCAACCCAGCCGGAACCGGAGAAGCAGGAGCUGGAGCGGGUCCAAGCCUGGAAGAAAGGUACCGGGUGUUGGAGGUCCAGCUAGCGCUGCAGACGGCGAGGCUUGAGGAGAGGAGGGCUCAGGAUGCAGACAAAAGGGAAAGCCACCCAGCUCGCCAGAAAGGUACCAGGAUUGGUGCAGAAGUUUGGGGAGCCCAAAGACUAUCAUGGCUUUCGGACAGAGAUGCAAUAUGCCCUCAAUCUGCAGUUUGAUGAAUUCCCUGACGAGGAAUCACGAGUGGCUUUCGUGAUUGGGCAUCUUGAAAAGGGGGCGAGAGACUGGGUUAGACCCCUGAUGGCAGCGAAUAGUGACGUCCUAAAGGACACGAUGAAGUUCUUUCGCGCCAUGGAUCUGAUGUUUUCCAGCGAUAUUGAACAGGGAGUGGUGCGCAGACAGUUAAUGGCUUGCAAACAGGGAGCCGAUCUGUCCGUGAGUACUGGACUGAGUUCACCAUGCUGGUUCACAGAUUGGGGUGGGACUUAUCGGCGGAACCCAUUCAAAUGCUCUUUGAAGAAGGGCUUUCUUCGGCUGUGAAAGACGAACUUUCCCGGGCGCCCAGGGCGGAGUCUAUGGACCAGCUGACCAAAUCAGCGCUGACCAUAGGAGCGCGCCAGGAGGCGAGAGCAUUGGAGAGGCGGGAAGGGAAGGGGAACGUUGGAAGGAGUUCCGCAUUCCAGACAUUCCAGAGCCAACUUUCCCGCCGGCAGAGCCGAUGGAAAUCGGAACAGCGCGCGCGCGCAGUUUCAAAGCCCAGUGAGGGGAAAGAAGGAGGGAAAACGCGCCCGGAAAUGCUAUCUCUGCCAACAGCCAGGUCACUUUGCCAGAGUCUGCCCCCAGAGGAAGGAAUGGCAAGGGAUGGUAGGAGCUGUGGAGGGAAGAGAGGAAGAAAUACCGGAGCAAGUAAAAGCCAACGCCUGGCUGCCACCGUCGGGGCACAGCAGCCAGGCCAAAGAGCAGUGAGAGUGCCCACGCCAGAACCUCCUAAACCCGCCCUAGUGAUAGAAGUGGCGCUAGAGCUGCCAAACGGACACCCUCUAAAGAUAAAGGCGCUGUUGGACUCAGGCAGCUCCUGCAAUUUCAUGAGCAAAGAGUUUGCAGCUGAACACCAGAUACAGACGAUCCCUUUAAGCAACCCCCUGCAGGUGACCACGAUCGAUGGCAGGGAGCUGUUGGGAGGAGAAGUCAGCUUGCAGACCGUCCCAAUGAUAAUGAAGGUGGCAAGGCACACCGAACUGAUAGCGUUUAAUGUGGCCACCUUGGGAGGAGCUCCCAUUAUAUUGGGGAUGAGCUGGCUAGCGUUACAUGAUCCGCUGGUGGGCUGGCAUCAGAGAGUGGUUUCUUUUGGUUCAGCACAUUGCUUAGAACACUGCAAAGAGGGAAAGGGUUUGGCAGGGGCCCAAGCCACCCUAGCAGGGACUGAAGUAACGGAGAACGUGAAGGUACCACGACAAUACGCAGAUCUCCGCGACGUCUUCAGCGAAAGGGAAGCUGACCAACUACCCCGCAUAGACCCUUUGACUGUCAAAUCAAUUUACUCCCUGGGGCACAGCUCCCUGUAGGCAAGCUGUACGCCAUGUCAGACAGAGAGAUGCAGGAGCUAAGAGAGUUCAUUGACAAGAACCUGAAGAGAGGGUUCAUCAGAGAGUCCAGGGCGGUGGGGGCAGCCCAGUGUUUUUGUGGAUAAAAAAACACGAACAAGCCGAGGCUGGUGUGUGACUUCAGGGCCUUAAAUGCAGUGUCAGAACCAGUGGCCUUCCCUAUGCCCAGGAUUGACGACAUUUUGACAAGGGUGCGGAAGGGAAGAUUUUCACAAAGCUGGACCUAAGGGGGGCGUACAACCUGAUACGAAUAAGGAAGGGGGAUGAAUGGAAAACCACCAUGUUCACCCCUUUAGGGGCAUUUGAAUAUUUGGUUAUGCCCUUCGGCCUACAAGCAGGCUCCGCAUGCUUUCAAUCGUUUAUGAACCACGUCCUGGGGCCUUUGCUUUACAAGAAUUGUGUGGCCUUUUUAGACGACGUGUUGGUGUAUUCUGAGAAUGAGGAGCAGCAUGUGAGAGACGUCAGAGAAGUGUUGAGCAGGCUGCAAGCCAACCAGCUGUGGGUGAAACUGGAGAAGUGUCAGUUUCAUACCAAGGAGGUGGAAUUCCUGGGGUAUCGCCUGUCAGACAAGGGAUUGGCCAUGGAUCCCGGCAAGGUCCAGGCGGUGCUGGAAUGGAAAACACCCAAAACAAGGAAGGAUGUGCAGAGGUUCCUAGGAUUUGGGAACUUCUAUCGUAAGUUCAUCCGAAACUUUGCCCACCUGACGGCGCCCAUUACGGACUGUCUCAGCAGUAAGAAGAAGUUCGUUUGGACUGAGGAGGCGGAGCGAGCAUUUGAGGAACUAAAAAGGGCCUUCGCCUCGGAACAACAACUCCUGCAUGUGGAUUUACAAAAACCGAUGAGAGUGGAAACUGACGCAUCAGACAGAGCGAUUGGGGCGGUGCUUCUGCAGCCAGGGAAGGAGGAGUCAGAGUGGAGACCGUGUGCUUUUUCGCGAAAGCUGAACAAAUCCGAGAGGAACUACACGGUGUAUGACCGAGAACUACUAGCCAUUCAUGAGGUGUUCCGGAGAUGGAGGCACCUGCUAAUUGGCGCACAACAUAAGGUGCAAGUGUGCACUGACCACAAGAACCUAGAGUAUUGGAGGACGGCACGAGUGCUCAGCCAACGGCAAGUGAGAUGGGCCCAGGAGUUCUCCAAAUUUAACUUUGAGAUUGGUUACGUGCCAGGCCCAGAGAACAUUAGGGCGGACGCUCUCUCACGCAAACCUGAAUAUUUGGGGGGGAGGGAGCACCCGAAGAGAGACAUGUCAUUCCAGAGGACCGCUGGGUGUGUGGGGCGGCAUUGGUGGGACAAAGAGAACUGGUAGAGGAAACAGAGAAUGAUGAAUACGCCCAGAAUAAGCUCAGAGGUCUUAGGGGUGAGGGAGAGGAACCAGGGGUUUCGAGGAAAGAAAUGGAGCUUUGUAUUACAAAGGGGCACUGUAUAUCCCUGAAGGAGACUUACGGGGUGGGUACUCAAGCAGUUGCACGACAGCCCUACGGCGGGGCAUUUUGGACAACACAAAACCAUGUGGUUGGUCACCAGGGAAUUUUGGUGGCCUAAGGUGAGGGAAGAUGUACGUGAGUAUGUAAGAGGGUGCGAGCAAUGCCAGCGAGCCAAAGGGGAAAGGCGGGCGCCGGCGGGGCUAUUAGAACCCUUACCAACCCCAGAACGACCUUGGGAGGCAGUGUCGAUAGAUUUUAUGACUGAUCUGCCGAAGUCCAAAGGGAAAACAGCCAUCAUGGUGGUGGUAGACCUACUAACAAAGAUGUGCCACUUUGUAGCUUGCUCGCAUGCAGUCACGGCGGAAGAGACAGCGAAGUUAUUUGUAGAACACAUUUUUAGGUUGCACGGGGUGCCAUUGAGGGUGGUCUCAGACCGAGGAAAACAAUUUACUUCCAGGUUCUGGAGGAAGCUCAUGAGCUUACUGCAGGUGGAGGUCAAUUUUCGACUGCCCGGCACCCUGAAACCAACGGGCAGGCGGAAAGAGCAAACGGUGUCCUCCAGCAAUACCUGAGGUGUUAUGUCAAUGACAGAGAGAAUGACUGGGUAGAAAAGUUGGCGCUGGCGGAAUUUGCCUACAACAAUGCCGAGAAUGUGUCCACAGGGAUGAGCCCCUUCUUGGCUAAUUAUGGGUGUCAUCCCAGGGCUUUCCCAGGGGAGAUGGGGAGAGAUGGAGCGUCCCGGCAGCCGAGCAUUUUGUGGAAGAAAUGGAAGCAAUCCAUCGUCAGCUCCAACUCAACUUAGAAAGGGCGAAGGAAGAAUACAAGAGGCAGGCAGACAAGAACCGAAGGGAAGGUGAAACCAUAAGGGUGGGAGAUAGGGUGUGGCUGUCAACCCAAGGGUUGCCGUUCAAAGGAGGUUGUAAGAAAUUAAGACCCAGGAGGUUGGGUCCCUUUGAGGUCAUUCAACAGGUCAACCCAGUGGCUUUCAGGCUCCGGUUACCCAACCACAUGAAACUGCACCCAGUAUUUCACAGGUCGUUACUGUCACCGUACGAAGGGGACGAGAAGGGAUGGCCACUCGGGGACCGGUCAUAGAAGAAAGAGAAUGCAGCAGCCAUGUGGCAGAAAUCCUCGACGCCAGGUGGAAGGGGAUCAGGUGGAGUAUUUGGUAGCGUGGGAAGGAGAACCGGAGUCAGAAAACACUUGGGUAAUGGCCGAAGAUAUCAAUGACGAGGUAUUGAUAGAAACGUUCCAUCAAAGGUUCCCAAGGAAACCUCAGCCUGUGGAGAGGUUCCGGAGGGAAUACUUUGGGACCACUGAUGAGGAGGAGGAGUUGGAAGGAUUCCCGGACUCGGAAGGGGAAGGGGAGAUGGACUCUGAGGAGGAGGAGUACUUUGAGACCAGGAACCGCAACAGGUGGAGAGAAGUGUUCGAGACAUCGGAAGAUGAAGGAAGUUCAUUCCGGGGUUUUGCCUCCUCACCGCCCGUAGAGGAAGGGGCGAGAGGGGGUGAAAGGGGCCCUGGAGGGGAGGUGGAUGUCAGGGAACUGCCAUCGGAAGGAAGGGAGGUGAAAGGGCUCACACAGGUUGGGAGAGACUCAGCAGCUGAAGAGGGAACCAGUAGGGGAGAGGAGCUGAGCUGAGGGAAAGUGAGCUGGAGGGAUGGCUCAGAGACACUUCCAGCGAAAACAGUGGGGAGGUUUCAGGACCUCCUGUAGGAACACCCACUCCUCGCCGGAAACUGUCACGCAGAGAGUCCAGAAGACGUGUUUCCGUUAAGGAGCUUUUAUGUUGGAAGCGAUUCCGAAAGCAACCACUGUCGGAAUCUGCUAGUGACUAGAGGAGCCAUGUCUGAGGGGCUCCGUCACAGACAGAGGUUUGUGGACUUGAACAAACUCUGAGGGGAUACUAUUUUACGCACAAGCAGCUCAUCAUCCCAUCACACCGAGUAAAUGUGUUAAUGGUUGGAGUUAAAUGAGAGAGCUUGAUAAAAUUCCAAAAUAAUAGUAAUAGGUAUUUGAGCAAAACACAGUAUAAAAUAAAGGAAAUAGUAUAUAUCUUACCUCACUAUCAAAAAAAUUUCAAAGCUUUCCCUCUCUCUCUCUCUCUGCUUUCUGAGACCUGUUGAAAUAGAAGAUGAUUGAGUAGAAAGUGAUAAAACAAGUUUAAAAGAGAAGCAAUUGUUAAAUAACAAAAUUGAAAGAAAAGAACACAAGUGUUUCUUGAAAUGAUUUCUUUCAGUUCCCUGCUACAGUUUAAUUCAAAUUUGAUGUGUCAUGUUAAAUAUGAAGAAUAUGCUUCUCUGUUAGGUUUAUAGCAUUAUAAUUUCAUGUUAAAAGGUUUCAGUUAUAUUUUUCUCUUCCAACAGACUGGCACAGGCCACCCAGGAAAGAACAGAUCUUUAUGCAAAGCAAGGUCGAGGAAGUCAGUUUACAUCAAAAGAAGAGAGAGAUAAAUGGAUUAAAAAAGAACUGAAAUCCUUAGAUCAAGCCAUCAAUGACAAGAAACGGCAGAUUGCUGCUAUACAUAAAGAUUUAGAAGACACGGAGGCUAACAAAGAGAAGAAUCUGGAGCAGUAUAGUGUAAGGAUUUGAGUUUGGUGGUACAGAAAUAUUUGAAUCGGUAAAUUAUAAGUACUGUAUAUAAUCAGGGUUUCUGUAUGUUGGGUGUGGCUUCAUACGCGUUGGGUUGCGUUCAGCACUAUGCUGGCACAGUCGAAAUUCCGUGCCCCCUCUCUCCCGUAAAUACUCUUGAGAUUCAGGGAACCCUUGAGAAACAUCUGGAAUGUGAGAAGGAGGCAUUAGGAGACGCUCCUGUGGUGUUACCCUACAAAGGAGGGUGGAAUAAAAGCACUGAUCCUUCAGCCAAAAGAAGACAAACUCAGCACGUGGAAGGAGUUCAUAUUUGUUGCUGCAACAUAAAUCUAGAGGCCCCAGUAGAUAUCUCUGAAAAGCUGGAACCCCAAACAAAGGGUGCAGAAAACUUUAAUAAUUUUAUAGAAAAGUGUGCAUUUAUGACAGAAGCUUAAGCCAUCCUAAUUGGCUAUCUCUACGCAUGCUCAAGACAUGCUCCUAUGUACUGUGCAGUACCAUAGUUCUAAGCAAAGAAAAUAAAUUUACUAUUGACUCAUACAAAUGUUGCAUUCUAUGCUGCCAGCCUUUCUGCUAUCUGUUACAUGAAGCCUAAUCUGGGUAAGAAGAAUGUACUGCUUCUCUUCUUAGAAGAUCUACCAAGGUUAGCUUGCUUUUCUCUGCUUUGGAAGCUGAUAAGAGAGACACUGCUUGUUAGCAAAAAGACAAAAAUGCAGCUUCUAUUCUCAGAUGGGGGUUGCAGGGAAAAUUAGCAAGCUAUCCAAGCUUCAAGGCCAAGACAGGACUGAAUUCCUUGCAAAAUAAGCAGGCAGGAGAGAGGUGGCUAUAUUUCCAGUACAUUUCCAGUACAGGACAGUUGUGGUUGUGGAUGUGAUAACGUGUUUAAGCAGCCUCAGCACUUAGGAAGCUGAGGUCACUUGUGUACAGUAUCAGAGAUGUGUUCUGUGACAGAGGGUGUGAGCAUAGGUGUGCUUGCUAUGGGUUCUGACAUACGUCCUAGGCCACAACAUCCAUCUGGGUCCCAGGUCAUGACACCUAGGAAUCGGUGGGGAGGAGGCAUACCAUUGGUGACUAAUCAAAGGCAUCUCAAAAAAAGAGACCUUUGACACGAUCUGGUCUCCCUUUUUCUCUUUUAUUGAAGAAGAGCAGCAUAGUUUAAUGCCAUCACCAUCACAGAGGUGUCUGUGGAGGGGAUAUGUUGAUAGAAAAUGUAUUGUAACUUUCAAAUACAUUUUUUUUGGGGGGGGGAGUGGUGAGGAGGAGGAAGAAGAAAUGGCAAGUUCUCCUUGUGUGAGCUACCUUGUGUGAACUCCCUGUUAGAUGUAACCCAUUAUCUUAAGUUCUAUGAUUUUGUUUUUAAAAACUGGAGGUGUAAUUAUGGUAUAAUUAAGUAAGCUACAAGUUCAACCCUAUAUUUUGUCAUCCUGUUUCCUGAAUAUUUUUAGAAGACAUGCAGUGUGAGUUUGGAACUCUACUGCCCAAUCCUGCCUCAUAUAAACUACUAACCCCUUAACCUGGUCUCUCAUUUUUCCAUGCAUAGGACAUGUUGAAUGGGGGGCGGGGCGGGUUGCAGAGCAAAGAUUGUACAGGUUGGACCUGGGCUCAUUAAAUGUGCAGAUGUAAAAUGGAUCUGGAGUAUGUGGGGCCAGUACAAUAUAAAGAGCAUACUCCAUAUCACCUCGCUGUUCGCAUGGGCUUGAGCCGUGAAUGAAAACCUUCCAAGCAAUUGUCAAAUAUGACUGUUCUAUCUUUGUAGUCAAAUGUACCCUAUGCUGAAAGUAGCCAAAAAUCUAAAUUGCUCAGUUGUAGCUUUAGUUUCUUAUCAGUGUUCUCUACAAGCUGUAAAUAGGUUCUUUUAUUUUAUUCUGAACAUAAUUCUGCCGCUUAAGGGAACAAAAUGUAUUGGAGUCAAUUAAAAUCAUGAGAUGCUGAAUUUUAAAAUACCUUCUUUUAUGCAUUAGAAACUGGAUCAGGAUCUUAAUGAAGUGAAAGCUCGUGUUGAAGAACUGGACAGAAAAUACUAUGAAGUGAAGAACAAAAAAGAUGAACUACAGAGUGAGAGAAAGUUAGUAUUUUUUUUUUUAAGGGUUGACCUAACCUAUGUUGUGCGAAUAUGUACAGUGAUGUAUAUAAAUAUUGAUUACUCAGACAUUAAUAAAUAUGGUUUCAUUGUUUAACUUUUAUUGGUAUAGGGUACCAUCCAUUGAGGGCCCUCACACUCAGGAUAGGGCUUUUGUUCCAAUAGAGAUGUUUGAUAAUAAAAAAGGAGGAAACACUGUUAUUACUGAUGACUCCUGCAGUCCCGUGCCACCUUCGACAUUGUUCUGAAGGGUCUUUCAACUUUAUGGAGCUGGUUUUAGCAGGUUACUGGGAGUUGCAGAAGGGAAGAGGGACUGAAAAAAAUCACUCAUCCUCUAAUGUUAGUGCACACAACUUAUGAAUCAAAAUCCCUUCUGUCAGUGGAAGGGGACCAGUUGGAUUCAUCCAUGUGCCAGAAGAGUGCACUGUACCUGGAAGCAAAGAUUAUAGCAGUGCUUGAACUUCUGUCAUCUUAUUAGUAUAGGCACUGUUAUGCUCCAGCCCAUGGAGUUGACUCAUAAAAUCUGUGUUGAGAUGGAAACAAUUAUGGAGUGGAAUAUAGCUUCCUGGGAAUCUGAGCUUUCAUAAUUUCCAGAGAUUAUAGCCAUGAUAGUUCUGGAGAAAUGUUUGAGAAUGUGUAAGCACUGUUUUACCAUCAGAGGGAACCUCAUUCAUGGAUUCUAGCAAUUAGGGCCUGGUUUUUAAUUCUGUUUAAUUCCAGGUUCCUACAUAUGAUGGCUGUUCUCCAACUUUCCCUUGCACUUCUUUUAGUACUCCAGCUAUUUCAAAUCUAAAUUUCCCAAAAUGUGAAACCUGGAGGCAGGGGGCUUGCAUGAAGUACUGUGUAUCUAAUUUUUUGUUCUCCAAUCUUGGUGGCAAGGAUUUUUGCUGUGUUAAAAAAAAGGAGUGAUACUUUAAGAGAUAUGUGACAUAUUGUCUCUUCUUGUUAGGGAUAAUAAAUCAGUUUGAGGAGCUAUACACUGUAGAAGAGAUUUAACAAAAGAGUUAAUAGCGUUAAAAAAUGCUCGCAGAAAGCUUUAGAUUAGGACAAGGUUAUUAGAGACCUUGUAAUACUACCUUGAUCUGGAAUUUUAUUCUGUUUUUCCUUGAAGAUAUGUUUUGUAAUAUGGAAGUGUACUAUUUUUUCAGUUACUUGUGGAGAGAAGAGAAUGCAGAACAGCAAGCUCUUGCUGCAAAACGGGAGGACUUGGAAAAGAAGCAGCAGCUUCUUAGAGCAGCAACAGGAAAGGUGAGAGUCAUAGCAUGCUGUCAUAAUUAUGAUAGAGAUUUUCAGUAACUAAUAUAGUUCUUUUUCUUUCUGAAGAAUUUUGUGGGGAAUGGUCAGGCCAGAAGUAAAAAUCAAAACUGCCUAAAGACAAAUUCAUUUGUAUUAAAACAAGUAUUUAUGACUUACCAAGUCACAAAUACAAACCAAACUGUGUUUUUUUAAAUUAGCUUCUGUGGUCACCAAUCACUUGCUUAAGUGCAUACAGUUGCCCUAUACUUAAACUUCAGUAGCUGUGUAUAUUAACUUGUCUGAACAAAUAAUGGAUUCCGUGUUGUGUGCAUUAUAAUGAUCAUUGCAUAACUUUGCCCUGUUGGUAUAAAACUGAAGAUAACUAAAAGUGGAGGAAAUCCUUAAAGAGAGAGAGAGAAAUAGAGAUGGGGUUUACCCUAUUUCCACAAAGUAUAGGAAGCUCAAGUAAUUCUGCUUUAUUAUGACAGGCUAUUCUAAAUGGCAUUGACAGCAUAAACAAAGUCUUGGAGCAUUUCCGUCGCAAAGGCAUUAACCAACAUGUUCAGAAUGGCUAUCAUGGAAUAGUAAUGAAUAACUUUGAGUGUGAGCCUGCGUUCUACACCUGUGUUGAAGUUACUGCAGGAAACAGGUAUAGUUCUGAUUACUAGGCUUUUUUCCUGUAGAAAUGUUUAAUGUGAACAUAUUAACUACAGUGGUGCCUCGCAAGACGAAAUUAAUCCGUUCCGCGAGAGUCUUCGUCUAGCGGUUUUUUCGUCUUGCGAAGCAAGCCCAUUGACGGAUUAGCGCUAUUAGCGGUUUAGCGGCUAUUAAAGGCUUAAAGGCUUAGGGGAUUAGUUGCUAAAAGGCUAUUAAAGGCUAUUAAAGGCUUAGCAGAUUAGAUAAAGGGGGGGGAAAGCGAAAAAAAAAUCUCAAGACUCGCAAGGUAUUUUCGUCUUGCGAAGCAAGCCCAUAGGGGAUUCGUCCUGCGAAGCAACUUCAAAACGGAAAACCCUUUCGUCUAGCGGUUUUUCCGUCUUGCGAGGCAUUCGUCUUGCGGGGCACCACUGUAUAAACCAUUGUCUGCUAGCACAUAAAAUGGUGAAUUGGGCGUUUUUCUAAUAAAUAUUAGUGCAUAAAACUUUUUGGGUUUUUUUUUUUAAAUGAUAUUUAUUGAGAUUUCAAAAACAAAAAAUUACAUAAAAGACAAUGAAAAAUAUAGGGGGGGGAAGAGAAAAAACAUACAAAAUGCAAAGUAUAAAAAAAAAUAGAAAGAACACUUAGAAACAAAUUUAUCCUUUCGUAUCUUACAUUUCAUUUCCUUGCUUUCCUGACCUCCUCUCACCUCCCUUUUUUGUAUUCCGGUUCAAUUGGUUAAUUCAGCAAUUCCUUUCCCUCUUUGUUUUUGUCUUAGUCCUUUAACUUAAUAUAUUAUAGCUUUAAAUUCUCACCUGUUAACCAGCAAUUUUUUCAUACACCUUUAUGACAUUGCUGCUAGAACCACUUAAUUUCAUUCUGACAUCAUUCUAACAUUCAUUAAUUUUACAAUUUUUCUGUAAAUAGUCUUUAAAUUUCUUCCAAUCUUCUUCCACCGACUCUUCACCCUGGUCUCGGAUUCUGCCAGUCAUUUCCGCCAAUUCCAUGUAGUCCAUCACCUUCAUCUGCCAUUCUUCCAGAGUGGGUAGAUCUUGUGUCUUCCAAUACUUUGCAAUAAGUAUUCUUGCUGCUGUUGUAGCAUACAUAAAGAAAGUUCUGUCCUUCUUUGGCACCAUUUGGCCGACCAUGCCCAGGAGAAAGGCCUCUGGUUUCUUCAGAAAGGUAUAUUUAAAUACCCUUUUCAUUUCAUUAUAAAUCAUCUCCCAGAAAGCCUUAAUCCUUGGGCACGUCCACCAAAGAUGAAAGAAUGUACCUUCAGUUUCUUUACAUUUCCAACAUUUAAUGUCGGGCAAAUGAUAGAUUUUUGCAAGCUUGACUGGUGUCAUGUACCACCUGUAUAUCAUUUUCAUAAUAUUCUCUCUUAAGGCAUUACAUGCCGUGAACUUCAUACCUGUGGUCCAUAACUGUUCCCAGUCAGCCAUCAUUAUGUUAUGUCCAACAUCUUGUGCCCAUUUAAUCAUAGCAGAUUUCACUGUUUCAUCUUGAGUAUUCCAUUUCAACAGCAAGUUAUACAUUCUUGACAAAUUCUUAGUUUUGGGAUCUAACAGUUCUGUUUCCAAUUUUGAUUUUUCCACCUGGAAGCCAAUUUUCUUGUCCAGAUUGUAUGCCUCCAUUAUCUGAUAAUAAUGAAGCCAAUCUCGCACUUUAUUUUUUAGUUUUUAAAAACUCUGCAAUUUCAGUUUAUCUCCCUCUUGUUCCAGAAUUUCCCAAUAUUUCGGCCAUUUGGCCUCCAUAUUGAGCUUUUUCAGAGCCUUCGCUUCCAUCGGUGACAGCCAUCUUGGAGUUUUAUUUUCAAGUAGAUCCUUAUAUCUUAUCCAAACAUUAAACAAUGCUUUCCUGACAAUAUGGUUUUUAAAUGCUUUAUGUGCUUUGACCUUAUCAUACCACAAGUAUGCAUGCCACCCAAAUACAUUGUUAAAACCUUCUAAGUCCAAAAUGUCUGCGUUUUCCAGAAGCAGCCAUUCCUUCAACCAGCAAAAAGCUGCUGAUUCAUAAUAAAGUUUAAGGUCUGGCAGGGCAAAUCCACCUCUUUCUUUUGCAUCCGUUAGUAUUUUGAAUUUUAUUCUAGGCUUCUUGCCCUGCCAGACAAAUCUAGAAAUGUCUCUCUGCCACUUCUUGAAACAGUCCAUUUUGUCCAAAAUUUGCAAUGUUUGAAACAGAAACAGCAUUCUAGGCAAUACAUUCAUUUUUAUAGCAGCGAUACGGCCUAGCAGUGAAAGCUUUAAAAGUGCAUAAAACUUUUUGAUUCCAUAGGAUUUUUUUCUUGGUAGUGCUUGAUGGCAUGUAGGAGGGGAGACAAUGCAGUUUUAAUUUAAGAUAAAACAUUCAUUCAUUCAUUCAACUUUGUUCUCUCUCUUUUCAUGUUAGGCUUUUUUAUCAUAUUGUAGAUUCUGAUGAAGUUAGUACCAAGAUAUUAAUGGAGUUCAAUAAAAUGAAUCUACCUGGAGAAGUAACUUUUCUGCCUCUGAACAAGCUGGAUGUUAGAGAUACUGCAUACCCUGAAACCAAUGUGAGUCUGCCGUCGUUUUCUUUAAAUAGCAAAUUGUCCUGCUAGGCCUACAUACUUGUAAUCAUUUCAGUGCUAUUCUGGCCACAAAUAAAAUGAUUGCAAAGGUGGAUGCAACCUGUAUUUCAUAUGUCCCUGCAUGUUGCCGUUCUAAAUCUGUCUUUUAGCCAGGUUAUUUUCCUUUAAUUUAAGGGAAUUGUUGUGUGAUUUACUUACAUUCUAGAUUAUUAUAGUCUACAUUUCAAUUAUUUGUAUUUUUGAUACCAAGUUGGCUUUUUUAUAGUAUACAUUUUGUACCUGAAAAUAAAUGCAGUACUCUUGUACUUCUUUUUAACUGUUUAAUAUUCUUGCUUUCAGGAUGCUAUUCCUAUGAUCAGUAAACUAAGAUACAAUCCAAGAUUUGAUAAAGCCUUCAAGCAUGUUUUUGGAAAGACUCUUAUUUGUCGUAGUAUGGAAGUGUCUACCCAGCUGGCCAGAGCUUUUACUAUGGAUUGUAUUACUCUGGAAGGUAUGACUUUGGUUCAGUUUUAUUUGCAAAGGAAAGGGAUUUCACCGUUUACUUGGCUCUUUGUCAGCAAUUCAACAAAGCAUAUAUAAUUCAUUGUGUUCUGAUAAGCUGAAUUUGUUGCGUACUAGUUCUCUCCCAAACCCUGUUCUGGCUAUAUAUUGAAAAGGCCAGUUCAUACAAAUGUAAUUGCUUGAUUCUUAGAAUAACUUAGGUAGAGCUGUAAAUGUUUUUCAUUAAGUGUUAAUAAUAAUUUUAAAGUAGCAAAAGGGGAAUCUCCAGCCCAUAGGCCUAACUAGUUUUUCUAGGCCUUUCAACUUGGCUGGCAGGGCCAUUUCAACCAAGUCACACUCACCUGCCCUACAUCAGAUUAGCAUCUAUUCUUCACAAAUAUAUUCCCCACCCCCAGGUGAUCAAGUCAGCCACCGAGGGGCUUUGACUGGGGGUUAUUAUGACACAAGAAAGUCUCGACUUGAACUGCAGAAAGAUGUAAGAAAGGUGGAAGAAGAACUAGGAGAACUUGAAGCAAAGCUCAAUGAAAACCUGCGAAGAAACAUUGAAAAUAUCCUUCAUAGUGCUUGUUCAUAUGUGGAGGAUGUUGUUGGUGGGAUUGCUUAUUUGCCUGUUUCUCAGUAAAAUAACUGCAUUGCGUGUAAGAGAAUGGAUGACUGAGGUACAAAUAGUGUGUGAAUGCUGUUGGUAGUUUUGUAUGUCUCUCAGUGUACAUGCAUUUGUCUUCUGCAUGAAGGCGAGUAAGAGAUGACAUAAUAGAAGUUUAUAAAAUUAACCCUGGCAUGGAGAAAGUAGAUAGAGAAAAGUGGGAGUCCCCCCCCCCCCGUCUCAUGACACUAGAACAACCAAUGAAUCAGUGUAGGAAGAUUCAAGAUGUAUAAAAGAAACUACUUCUUCAUGCAACACAUGGUUAAACUGUGGAACUCACUCCCACAGGAGGCAGUGAUGGCCAUGAACUUGGGUGGUUUUAAGAGCAGUGGCCAAAUUCAUGAAGGAAAGGGCUGUCAGUGGUUCCUGGCCAUGAUGGUUAUGCUCUUCCUCCAAUGCUUCUGAAUACCAUUUGCUGGAAACCACAGAGGGGAGAGUGCUCUUGUGGUCAAAUCCUGCUUGCUGGUUUCUGACAGGCAACUGUUCAGCCACUGUAAGAACAGGUUGCUGGACUAGAUGGGCCACUGGCCUGAUCCAGCAGGCUCUUCUUACGUUCUUAUGCUCUGGUCACUGUUCAGGAAACUCAGAAGGGCUGGUUGUUGUUAAGAAAAAGUAGUGUAGGUAUAUUCUGCUGCCGAGAAUCAGUCAAGAUUUGCUCGGCCAAGAAGAACAGAAAAAGGGGUCUUAACCGUAUAUUUGCAGAGAGUAGCUCUUCACCAGUAGCGUUGUAGAAACUGAACAAAUAUGCCAGCAGCUUUGCUCAAAAAGUGCACAUGAGAUUGUUUUUGCUGGGUUUGUGGUCAAGUCUGGUAGGUGAUUAGCUUGUAAGUACAAUUUUCAGCCAUACUGUAACUUGCAUUUGUUUAUAGAAGGUUGUGGCAUGUAGUAUUUUUGUCAUGUUAAUAUGCUAUGAUUUGUAAACAGCCUUCAUUGCUGUAAAAGGAUUCAUUUUCUAAGACCAACAACAUACUGAUUUUAUAUCAUUCAUAAUGUACAUGAUGAUCAGAAUUUUUCCUUAGCACACUGCAUGGAUUAAUAAUGAAAUUGAUCAGCUAAUGAAUCAGAUGCAGCAGAUUGAAACCCAACAAAGAAAAUUCAAAGCUUCCAGAGACAGCAUCUUAUCAGAGAUGAAAAUGUUGAAAGAGAAGAGACAGCAGUCAGAAAAAACAUUUAUGCCCAAGGUAUGGGAUCAUAGAUUUGUAGAGUUGGAAGGGAUCACGAGGGUCAUCUAGCCCAACUCUCUGCAAUACAGGAAUAUUUUGCUCAAUGUGGGGCUUGAACUCACAGCCCUGAGAUUAAGAAUCUAUUUCUCUACUGAUUGAGCUAUCAACAGAUAAAACUAUAAUCCUAACACUUGACUCGCAGUGGCUGGUUUAAUGGAAUAGAGCAACCACUGGUGCAUCCACAGCCCAGUCACUUGUGCCAGUCAUGUCAGCAGCAGGAAAAAAACGCCCCUUUGCUAGUUCAGUUCCUUUGCUGAAUUAUGCUAAUUGCCAUCUUAUGACAGCGGUAGGGCCUGCUCAGGAUCCAGCAGAUCCUGUGCUUACAAGUGAGCAUUCCCCUGAUGGUGGAGCUUCCCCAGCAGCAGUCCGCUCCGCUCCAUCCAAACACCCUCCAGUUCAAGGGCUUUGAUUGCUCUUCCUGCACAGCAGAUUAUACUUUCAUUAUCUGGAUUGUUCAGUGUGCUAUCCAGUAGAUUAACUGGUUUUAAAAAAAGGAAUGAAGCAAGUGAUAGUAAUAGUAAUGCUUAUGAUUAUUUCUCAGUCCAGUUUCAUAUUCCCUGAGAGUCCCUAAGGCUGCAGAGUAUGAUUUUACUUCUGAGUAGGUACAUAUAUGAGUGAGAUCACUGUUGUUGCUUAUUGCGUUUAAGCCUUUUUUAUAUGGCAUUUGCUGCUAGGUCACAUAAUUAGAUAAAUUGGAAGGCUGCUUUCAUGAUACUCACAUUUAAUUUUUUCUUCAGCAACGAAGCUUACAAAGUUUGGAGGCAAGUUUACAUGCUAUGGAAUCAACCCGGGAGUCUUUAAAAGCAGAACUGGGGACAGACCUGUUGUCGCAGCUCAGUUUAGAGGACCAGAAACGAGUUGAUGCACUUAAUGAUGAGAUCCGACAGCUACAGCAAGUAAGGACACUUAAAAUGAAAAAUAAAAUUGCUGUGAUUAAGAAUGUUGGGAAAUUAUUUACAAAAGCCUGUUCAGAACUAUUCCCUUCCCCACUUUCUACCUUUGCUAUCUUUUCAUUUGGUAGCAAAAAUAGUGUGAUACCAACAUUCAUCAUUCAUAGAGCUGAUCCACUGAAAUCAAUGCAUGCCCAUAGAUUUCAGUGGGCUUGCUAGAAUGUACUUAUAAAACAUGUAUGUAAAUAGUGAAGAGCAUAAAGCAUUUAAUGAAAUACCAGUAAAACUGUUUAAUCUGAUAAUUUUAGUUUGGUAAACCACUUUGAGGUUUUAGUAACAUAAAGCGAUGUAUAAAUAUUGUGAAAUAAAAUUAUUUUCUAAAACAAUCAGCCAACAAUAUUUAGUUGUUUUUGUAUAUCCGUAUGUAUUUCUUGGUUUAUAGGAAAACAGACAGCUUUUGAAUGAAAGGAUCAAGCUUGAGGGGAUCAUCACACGAGUCGAGACUUAUCUCAAUGAGAAUUUGAGAAAGCGCUUAGACCAAGUUGAACAAGUAAGAUAUUUUAUUUUGAUCCACUACAUUCUUAACAUUUUUUUAAAAACUAUUUUAAAAUCAUCACAGUGACUCGGUAUUUACUGGUGUGUCUCUAAGUUAGUGGAUGUUCACGUAAUAUUUAUUUAUUGAACUGCCAACAUUCAACAAAUUUUGGAGAAUCCUAUGAUGACACAAAUAUAAAUUCUCUUUAUGCAAUUUUUGGGGUGAAGCUGCAAUCUAUAUAUUUCUAAUCAAUUACAAAAAUGAGCUAUUCAAUAAUAUAUUGUAAACCAUGAAAAGUAACCUCUUCUAUGUAGUAUAGUUUCCUUAUUUGCAUCGGCUGAACUUGCAUGCUGUUAACAUUUUGCAUUUUUAGGAACUGAAUGAGCUGAGAGAGACAGAAGGUGGCACUGUUCUUACAGCAACAACAUCAGAGCUUGAGGCUAUCAACAAACGAGUGAAAGAUACGCUGGCACGCUCAGAAGGUUGGUAAUCAAGAGAAGGUGUCAUAUCUAGAAUAUUUUAUUAAAAUACUCUAAAAUACAGUUAACUUAAAGUAUUCCAAGAACAAUUAACUUAACAAAGUUUAUAACACUGAAAUGAAAUCAUGUUCAAAGAGUACACAGUACAAAUAGCACAAAGAAGGAUAAAGAAUAACUAGAACUGGUAGCACAAGUCUGGACACAUUAGCUGUGCUUCCCAUUAAGCCCUCCAGAAGGAUACAAACUAUAAAACCUUAUUGGACUCCCUUAGUGCAAUGGAUUCCAUGGCUUCUUUCUGAAGCUGCUGCUAGAAGUUGUAGUGGAUGCUGUGCUUGACAUAAUCUUUACAUACCUUUAUUUCUUUAUACUGGCACAUCUGGAUUUUGUUGUCUUGUUCUUCAUCACCUUUGGGAGUUUAUUAACAUUCCAGAGUACAUUCCCACCCUACCCUGGUUAUAUUUUAAAAUCAUAGAUAUUAUUAAUAAAGAUUUAUCAAUGUUCUGCAUUUUCUUUGUAUAUCAAGUUGUAAAGCUCAAUUUCAACUAUAUGUUUUUAUACUAUUCUUUGAUUUGUUAUACUAGAUCUGGACAAUUCAAUUGAUAAAACAGAAGCAGGAAUCAAAGAACUCCAAAAAAGCAUGGAGCGCUGGAAGAACAUGGAGAAAGAGCACAUGGAUGCCAUUAAUCAUGACACAAAAGAGCUUGAAAAAAUGACUAACCGGCAAGGCAUGCUUCUGAAGAAGAAAGAGGAGUGUAUGAAGAAAAUCAGGGAAUUGGGAUCACUUCCCCAGGAAGCGUUCGAAAAAUACCAGACUUUGAGCCUGAAGCAGGUAACAAAAGUGUUGAGUGCUCAUCUCCAGAGACAGUGAGUGGUGGUUCAUACCGUGCUCUGAUGGAUUUUCUCAAUUCUUUUAUACAGCUAUUUCGCAAACUGGAACAAUGCAACACAGAACUGAAAAAAUACAGUCAUGUCAAUAAAAAAGCUCUAGAUCAGUUUGUGAACUUCUCAGAGCAGAAGGAGAAGUUGAUAAAACGACAAGAAGAGUUGGACAGGGGCUACAAGUCCAUCAUGGAGUUGAUGAAUGUCCUUGAACUCAGAAAAUAUGAAGCUAUCCAGCUGACAUUCAAACAGGUAUUAUUUGGCACCCAUUGUGAGUGACAAGGCUGUUUGACAUGCUUUGAAUUGCAUGUUGGAAACAAUUGUAUUAUGUAUUUUGCAUGUGUUCAUAUUUGUAAAGUUCAUAAAUUGUCACCUGGUUUUAUUUUGACAAGCAAACUGAGGUUACUGAAAUCUUAGCAAGAACUUAUUCACUCUAUGAAAAGGUCCUAACAGAGGCACAUGUCUCAGACUAGAUUCUAACUGGAUUGUAAAUAUUUGUAGGUGCUAGAAAUUUUUUAUACUGUACUACGUUUACCACAAUUGCUAUGAGUUUGAUACAGGAUAAACCUGCCCUUGACCCCACCAACUGCAGUAUUGGCGUUUGGUGCAUGUGUGAAAAGACUGCUUGCAUAUCAGUGCUCUACACAAGAGAAGGGCUCCUGAGCCAACCCAGAUUCUCUAUCCCCACCCCUGUGCACACAUGGAGGAGCUUUGUGUACAUAUGUUGUUGCAAGCAUAGAGCCCUUAUACACAUACAGGGAGCCAACCCAUACAGUCCCCAGUCUUUUGUCAUUCAAGUUUUUUGUUUUGCCACAAGCGCCAGUAGCAAGCACCAGUUUGCUACUUUAUUGUGUUUAGUGCGCUUUGGAAACACUGAAUCAGCAAUUAUUAGAGUACUUCUUUAAUCGGGUGAUGGGAUGGGAUGUGAUUUUCUAGGAUGAACUCUUAUGGCAAUACUUUACCAAAGUAGCUUUUGAAAUCCUUUUAAAUUACUAUAUUUUUUCUGUCAGAAAUAUUUGUCUGCCAGAAAAAGCCUUCAGGUUAUUUGUGCAAAGAUUAAUAUGGAUUGAAUUACACUUUCUCAAGGUCUCAAAGAACUUCAGUGAAGUCUUUCAGAAGCUGGUGCCUGGGGGGAAAGCUACACUCGUGAUGAAGAAAGGUGAUGUGGAAGGCAGUCAGUCUCAAGAUGAAGGUGAAGGUGGUGCUGAGAGUGAAAAGGGAUCAGGAUCUCAAAGCAGUGUUCCUUCUGUAGACCAGUUCACUGGAGUUGGGAUUAGGGUAAUGGAAUAUUUUACCUUGCACUCUCAUGACCACAAAUUAUAUUAUGGUAAUGCUUAAGAAUUAGCAGUAACUAAUCUUUCAUUGUUCCUGCAGGUGUCAUUUACUGGCAAGCAAGGUGAAAUGAGAGAGAUGCAGCAGCUUUCUGGUGGACAGAAGUCACUUGUGGCUCUAGCCUUAAUUUUUGCUAUCCAGAAAUGUGACCCUGCGCCGUUUUACCUCUUUGAUGAAAUUGAUCAAGCCCUAGAUGCCCAGCAUAGAAAGGCAGUUUCAGGUAGAGUCUUGGGUAUUUUACUGUUUAACACAAUGCUACAUAUUACUUCUCUAAUUGCAGUUACAAAGAAAGCUUCUCAUAAUAAAAAUAAUUGGGAUUAUAGUUUCACUGUAGCUGCUUAAUAUGACAUAUGUGCGUCUUGUGGCUGUCCUCUGGGGUACAGAAGUGAACUGCUGUUAUGCUUCUCGGGAACACAGUUGGCUGUUUCACUGUAGCUAAAGGAAGGAACACAGGGAGAUAUUUGCCACUUCAAGUUGACCUAGCUCUGUGGAUUCCCCAGAUAUGUCUGGGUCUCACUGAUGGGAAUGACAUUGUAAUAGUAAGGCAGAGUAUGACUUCUAGAAGGUAAUCUGGCUUUAUUAAGAUGUGUAAACCUUAUAAACCAACCUGGGGCCCUUCUUAGUGUGCCUCCUCUACAUGACAUCCAGAGGAUGGCAACAUGAGAAUGGGUCUUUUCUGCAGUGGCUCCGUUUGUGGAAUACUCUCCCCAGGGCGAUUAGUCUGGUGCCUUCAUUAUAUAUAUUUUUAGAUACCAGGCAAAAGCAUUCUUCUUCAACCAAGCCUUAUUGCUACUGCUUCCAUCAACCUUGGAAAAGUUUUCAUAGUGGCAGCCCCAAACCUGCUCUAGCACAUUUUCUGGAAUGACAAAAGAGCAGUGCAGCAGCCAGGAAGAUGGAGUUACCCUUUGAUUUCUUGACUGGUAUAUUCCCAAUUAUAUAUUUCUUCCAAGUCCUUCCACAUUUAUUCCAUACAUGAUGAAUCAAAUGCUGACCAAAUCGAGCUCCUAUGACAGUUUGCAGAAUAGUCAUGUGAUGCCCACUCGAGCCAAUUGCUGAAAUUUGCUUGCAUUUUAAUAUCACACUUUGUUAUGUACCAGAACUUGCUGCGUUUUAUUACUUACCCACUAAAGAAAUGCCUGGAAAAUUAUUUCAAUGUUCGUUGAGAAAUUUGUUUUACUUCCCCAGAUAUGAUCAUGGAACUGGCAGAACAUGCUCAGUUUAUUACCACAACUUUCAGGCCGGAACUGCUCGAGUCUGCUGAUAAAUUUUAUGGUGUAAAAUUCAGAAAUAAGGUAUGCAAUUAUAAAACGUGUUAAAUAAAUUAUUGUAGGCAAUGGCUGAAGUCCCUCCAAAGCAUGAUGGGACACUGUUACCAUAAAUAAUAAACCUGGAACUUGCUUAUAAAUCACUUCAUUAACAAUAAAGGCACAUGAAUUCAACAGGCUUAUGUUAAAGGCUGCGAUGGCCUCUGACACAUUUCUAGUGACUUGAUUGCUAAUGUUUGCAUAGAUUUCAGCUUCAUUUGACUGACUGAAGGCAAGGGUAGUACUGCACAGAUGUCUAGAUACACAGACAUUUCAGAACAUAUGACUGGAGGUUUUUUUAUUUUUUACCUUUAUUAUUUUUAGUACAAAGUACGUGCUGUCCUCCUUCUAGGCUGCUUUCUGUAGAUGACAGUCUAAAAGUAGAAGAGUAUGCACUCCAUUCUAUUAAAGAUCCUGUGCCAAGAGUUUGAAUUGUGCUGUUUGUAUAAAAUACGUAACUCUUGUCAUUUAGAGUGCAGACCAAAGCCGUGAUGUGUCACACUUGGGGGUGGUGUGUGUGGAUGGGAUGGUCACCCUCCACCAGCCCAGAACAGCCCCACUGACUGUGAAGUGUAGCUCUCUUAACUUGGAGCUCCCCUUUUCUUCCACUGAAAGUGCAGGCUGGCAGAACAACCACUGGCAUGAAUGUUCAAAACAGGGUGUUUGAGCGCUGCCCCGCUGGCCUCACUUGAUGGCCUGUACCCGCCCCUGGGAGGGACAAGCUUGUGGAUACAGUGGUUGCUUUGCCACUUCAUUGUGUUGCACUGCUGCCCAGCCAGGGUUUGAAUUGCUCUGGCUGAUUAUUUUGCUCUGCCUUUGCCGUUCAUAGGUGGUGGGAUCAGGUAUGCAGGACUCUAAAGCUCUGAGUAAUGGAAAUCUUGUUCUGACACUCAUCACUCCAGUUUCUGAAACAUCACAAGGCAGUGUCCAUUCACUUUCAAAUACAGGGGUCUUCCCACUUACGCUGGGGUUACAUUCUGGGGCCCUGCAUGCAUAAGCAAAUAUUUUGUAAGUGGGGCUAAAAAGCCUCCAAAUGCCCGUUUCCCCCUGCUGUCCAGCAAUCUCAUUGUCACUCUCUCUCCACACCUAGAGUUAAAGUUCUGUGGCCAGCUGGAGACUGGAGGUUGCACAGAGAAGUGGCUGCUGUGCUACUGUGCAUGUCAGUUGCUAGGUGGGGAGAAUGAACAGCCUACACAAAGCCCUGCUGUAUCUCUCAUCUCUUUGGGGCUUCCUCCUCCCUCACUGAAGUCCUCCUAGGGCUCCUGGGAGGGUCUCCUCACUGGCCACAAGGACUCUCCAGCUCUCUCCUGCCAUUUCCUGGUUUUAAUCUCUUUAUUUCCUGACGCCGUGCAUAUUUGUGGUCACGUGCAAGUUGAUUGUGUCUAAGUGGGAUGAUGCCUGUACAUAUUUGCAAGCAUAAAGGUUAGAAAUGGAAGCUGGAUUUAGGAUGCAGUAUUGCAUGCUGAGAUUUUCCUGCAUGUUUUCAAAAUGUAGAGUUGUGUGUGGAACAUUUGGUAGAAUGAUUUUGUCUGGCUCAUACAUUAAUUAAAAAAAGGUAAAGGGACCCCUGACCAUAAGGUCCAGUCGUGGCCGACUCUGGGGUUGCGGUGCUCAUCUCACUUUAUUGGCCAAGGGAGCCGGCGUACAGCUUCCGGGUCAUGUGGCCAGCAUGACUAAGCCGCUUCUGGCGAACCAGAGCAGCGCACGGAAACACCGUUUACCUUCCCGCCGGAGCGGUUCCUAUUUAUCUACUUGCACUUUGAUGUGCUUUCGAACUGCUAGGUUGGCAGGAGCAGGGACUGAGCAACGGGAGCUCACCCUGGCGCGGGGAUUCGAACCGCUGACCUUCUGAUCGGCAAGUCCUAGGCUCUGUGGUUUAACCCACAGCGCCACCCGUGUCCCCAUACAUUAAUUACACAGUUACAAAUUUACAGUACUGUAGAGGGAGAGUGCUUCAUAAACACCAUGGAGCUGUUAUGUUGGCUAGCAUCUUCAUUGAUUUCAAAACUGUGUUUCUUUUUCUGAUUUAGGUCAGUCAUAUUGAUGUGAUCACAGCAGAGAUGGCCAAAGACUUUGUGGAAGAUGAUACUACUCAUGGAUAA